AUGGAAGAGAAGGAAGUUGAAAGGAAUCACAGGAGCCCGGUUAGGCAUAAAAGGCUACCACGAGAUGAGUUUUGGGGCUAUUCAACCUGGAUGCUCUUCAAACACCGGUUGGCUCUUUUAGUUUUUGCAAUGUGUAUCAUAUUUGCUGUGUGGCUACUUCGCAAAGGCUUCAACGAUUCCAAUGUGUUCAUCCUGACUUUGAUUAUCACAUUUGAUGUGUUGUUUGUCACCUUUGCCGUCGUUGGACUGUUUACCAUCUUCACUCAGGACGAAUUUGCAGAAGUUAUGUCAUUGCGCAAUAGAAUGCAUUUUCUCAAUGAGGUGAUCGAAAACCGCCCAGGCGUUACCAUGGACAAGUGGGACGUGGUCGCAGCCAACAUCAACGAAACGCUAGCCUCAAACGGCUCAUAUUCCAACUCCGGCUACUUUUUUGAUGGCGAGAUGUGCCACGAUGAAUUCAAGCGCUUAUUUAUGCGGGAUUCUGAAGCGUCAGAGUAUCCAGAACUUAUAAAAUACAUUGAGAAGGCUCUGAGGGUCUACCAAGCUAACGUUGAUGCUUAUUGGUCGGAGAGCAUCCAAAAAGCUCGUGGAAAGUGA